CAAUGGCUCUUACCUUACACUUAAAGUAUGCGGAAAAUAUACGAGGGAAAGCAGACCGAUUGGCUAAAGUUACCUUCAGAGGAGUGUCCCAUUAUUCUAAAGUUGUGGAAAAUGCGGAGGAAACAGUGUGGUUUGAUGAGAUAUUCGAGUGGCCUGUGGCCCGUCCGAUUGAAAGUGAAGAGAUGAUUGACAUACAGGUAUUCAACUACAACAAGUACCUCAGUAACAGGUUGACAGGAACUUUCCGAAUGAUUCUCCAGGAGUUGGUAGAGGUUGGGAACGUGAAAGUGUCAGACUCCCUGCUCGAUGCAAACAAUGUGGCCAUGAAGACGUCUUUGACAUUUGAGCUAACAUACAAUGCCCCGGAUGGUUCGGUGGGGCUGUGGCAGAAAGAGGGUUUCGAGACCCUGAAAUCUGAUCUGAGACGAGGGCUUUCAGAAGAGGAACGAAAUAACCUGAAUCUGAGUGAUUCAGAAUCUCUUCCAUCCAGCCCUUCAAAAUCUUUGAGAACUUCAAGAACCAGCCUUGUAUCCAAGACAUCAGCUUCAGGGAAGACAUCAAGAAAGUAAGUGUCCCUGUCACUUGAGCCAUUUGGUCUACAUUCCUGUAUAUU